GCUGAUAUCUGGUCUUUAGGUAUAACAGCUAUAGAGCUGGCUAAAGGAGAGCCUCCUAACAGUGACAUACACCCUAUGAAAGUUCUCUUCCUGAUCCCUAAGAGCAGUCCUCCGUCCCUCGGGGAAGACUUCUCUAAGAGUUUCAAAGAUUUCACAGACUCCUGUCUCAAUAAGGAUCCAGUCUUCAGACCCUCAGCCAGAGAGUUGUUGAAACAUAAGUUCAUAGAGAAGAACUGUAAGAGGACUUCCUAUCUGACUGAACUGAUUGACAGGUUGAAGAGAUGGAAGACUGAAGAACACAGCGAUGACGACUCUAGCUCAGACGACGAUAGUGAGUCCAGUAACAAGGAGGACAGUCCAUCUCAACCCGCGUGGUCGUUCACCACCAUACGGAAGAAAGAUAAGGACGGCAGGAAGGACCAGCACAGUUUAUCCACAGUCAUCUCUCCAGUCUUCUCAGAGCUGAAGUCUGAUCACAGGGAUGAACAGAGACGUGCUAUAGAGGAGUUGGAGAGAAACAUCAGACUGACUGAAGACCUCUGUCCUGGAAUCACAGACAAGAUGGUCGCCACGAUCAUGACACGCUUCAGGACGUUGACUCCAACAUAAAAGAGAAGAGAUGGAAGGAGAGAGAGAUUCGAGGACGAUUCCAGAUAAACGAGGGAAGAAAGAAGAAGUGCAGAAAUUCUGUCUAGUCAUGUCGACACACACACACACACACACACACACACACACACACACACACACACACACACACACACACACACUGCAGCUAUAAAUCUCUGUCUUGCUGAAUAUCUUGGGACUCAGUAGAUAAGGCUUUACUCUACUGUCUACCUCGAGACAUAGAGCUGAAUACCUUGGGACUCAGUAGAUAAUGCUUUACUCUACUGUCUACCUCGAGACAUAGAGCUGAAUACCUUGGGACUCAGUAGAUAAGGCUUUACUCUACUGUCUACCUCGAGACAUAGAGCUGAAUACCUUGGGACUCAGUAGAUAAGGCUUUACUCUACUGUCUACCUCGAGACAUAGAGCUGAAUACCUUGGGACUCAGUAGAUAAGGCUUUACUCUACUGUCUACCUCGAGACAGAGAGACUCAGUAGAUAAGGCUUUACUC